AUGCCGCUGCGAGGUUCCGCGGACGCCUGUCGUCAGGCGGCUCUUUGCGCGCUGGGUCCCCGGCGUCCGGGCCUGACGCUGGCGGGUGGCGGCCUCGGCCUGGGGCCGGAAGCUCUCCAGGGCCUGGAGCGCAGCGUUGGCCUCUGGGCGCCGCCUCCGGGAGCCCCGGCCUGGGGAACCCGUGGGCCGGGGGCGGGGCCGGGGUUUCGUCAGAUGCGCACUAUGUUCGCGCUCGCUGCCCUGUCGCUGCCGCUGCUGCUGCUCCGGGUGCAGAUGACGGCGACCCCUGCCCCGCCCCACCUGAUUCCCACCGGGAGCCGGGAGGCCGCUGACCCGCUGGGCUGUGGGCCCCACGAGUACUGGACGGCCGGACGCUGCUGCAGGCCCUGCCCUCCCGGCCAGCGCAUCGGCAAGCACUGCAGUGUGACCCACAGUGUCGGAGAGUGUGUCUCCUGUGAGUCGGGGACCUUCUCGGAUGUCCCCAACGAGGACACCUCCUGCCGUCGGUGCACCCGGUGCCGCACAGCAGACCAGGAGAUGGUGGCUGAGUGCUCGCUGACCAGUGACCGGCACUGCCAGUGCAGGACGGGGAGCUUCUACUGCGACUCCCCUGCAGAGUGCCCCGAGAGCUGCUUCCGGUGCUCCAGGUGUCUGGAAGACACCGUCCCCCUUUGGCCGUGCAACGCCACGAGGGACACCGUGUGUGGCCCAGCUCACCCUGGGUCUGGAAACAGAAACCUGCUGUGGAUCUGCGUCAUCGUGCCACUGAGCUUCCUCACCGCCGGCCUCUGGUACUGUCACAGAAAAGGGCGCCUUCGGAAGUGGGUCAUCGGCUACGUGAAACGGCAGUUGAGUGCACCAGGUCCCCAGGCGGCUCAGGAGGGGCUGGGCCAUGAGGUCCCCUACCCCAAAGCUCUCUUUGCCUGCGGAGGAUGAACCUCAAAAUCACCGGGUGGCAUUAAAGAAGGUGAGUGACACGGAUCGCUGCAGGCUCCAGGGAUGAAAGUCUAGAAAACGCCAG